AUGGGCCACCACUGCCCGCCGCCCUUCGCCGUCAAGAUCCCAUCCGAUGACGACCACAAUGACCGCGACGACGACGCGACCAUCUUCUCUCCAUCCCCUCCUCCUCUCAAGAAGAGGCUAGAGUUGGACCAUGGCAGCGGCGCCGGUGGCCGUGGAGUUGGAGGAGGAGUGCCUCCACUCCUUCUUGUGAUCGACGACGAUCCCACCCCUCGGAAGCCCAAUCGGGACCCCACGCCCUCCUUCGUAGCCGAAACCCUCUCCAGCCGAUCACGACUUCGACUCCGAUGCCUCCAUCGUUCGGUGUACCCUUGCUCGCUCCAAUCCAGCAAGCGGUUCGUCGGGGAAAUUCUCCGUCUUCGUUCAUCACUAUGUUUGACAGGAAUUACUGGUUUAAUAUGUUUGGAGUCAGACAAUGAGUCAGAAGGAAGUGGCAGAGCACUCAGAGAUAAUUCUGACUUCCCUGUGGUGGAAAGUCCAGUAGGUACAGGCUCCGGAAAAGACCAUUCCAGAUUGUAUUUGACAAUAGAUGAAGCUGUUUCAGGCAGAAAUGAUACAAAUGAUGAAGUUAUUCCUAGAAUUACUAACCAUGGAUCGUUUGAUGGUAGCAGAGGUGCCACAAACUUCAUACAGAUUCUUGGAGACAGCCCUCCACAUGGUCAUACCUUGGCAGAAGAUUCUACUCUCCAGGCUGCAAGCUAUGAGGAGGAGCACAACUUGUUGGGGCAAUUAGAUAGUACUGCAAAGCGGAAAGGAAAUCAUGCAGCAGUUGGUGCUGCUAAAGAUAAUAAGAAUGAACCAGCUGCGAGGAAGAAGCAACUGAAAGAAGAAAAAGCUCGUUUAAUUGAAGAACGAAAAAGAAAGAGGCAGCAAGAUAAAUUACAGAAAGAAGCUUUGAAAGCUGAAGAGGCGGAGACGAAAAAAUGGGUGAAGGAAAAGCAGAAAUGGGAAAGGGGGAAAUAUGCGCUAAAAUCUGUUGUAGCUGAUUUUGAUGCUAAAGUUGUUGAAAAUGGGCUAGUUGGAGGACAUCUUCUCACCAGGUUUGCGGAAAAAGGUCUUUCUUUUCGUAUAACCUCUAAUCCAAUCGAAAGGUCAAUUAUGUGGAAAAUGAAUGUGCCUGACAAAAUUGCUCAGAUUUCAUCGGCGCAAUCGGAAGUGCCCUACAUACUAUUUGUAUAUCAAGCAGAGGAAUUUUGUGAUCUUGUAAUUAGUGAGUCUCUUAUUGAUCACAUCCAUAGAGUACGAAGUCACUAUCCAUCAUUCACAAUUUGCUACCUGACAAACAAAUUGAUGAGUUACAUCAAUAAGCGUGAACAAAGUCAGUACAAGAAUCCAUCAAAUGUUAGUUGUUGGAAACGUCCACCAAUUGAGGAGAUUCUGUCAAAAUUGACAACUCAUUAUACUAGAGUGCACUCAAGGCAAUGCAUAGAUGAAGCUGACCUAGCUGAACAUGUUGUUGGUUUGACAUCUAGCCUUGCCAGUUGCCAAUUUAGGAAGAAAUUGACAUGGCUAACUGUAAAUGCAAAUGGGUCCAUCAUUCCUAAGGAUUUCAUUGACAGGAAUCUUGUUAAGAAAAAUAUCUGGUUGAAGGCCCUAAUAUCCAUUCCUAAAGUGCAACCAAGAUAUGCAAUUGCCAUUUGGAAAAAGUAUCCAACUAUGAGAUCUCUUUUGAAUGUAUACAUGGAUCCAAAUAAAUCGGUGCACGAGAAAGAAUUCCUUCUUAAAGAUUUGAUGAUUGAAGGGCUUUUAGGCAAGGAAGACAGGAGGUUAGGUGAGAUCUGUUCUAAGAGAGUGUAUAGAAUACUCAUGGCACAAAGUGGAGGCAUCAAAACUGAAGAUGUUGAGGAAGGAGCUGACUUUUUUGGCUGCUAACUGUCUAUGAAUGACAGACAAAAUGAAUAGCUCGUCACCAUUAGAAUACUGAGACAUAGAUGUUGUUCGUUCAUUUUGUUGUUGGAAAGAACAUUGUAGUAUGAGUUAUUUAAUUAAUUUCGUAUCUCCAUUUUGAUCUGAAGCAACCUUUACGAUUACGAUCCAAUGUUUUAUACUGUCUAUUACUAGAAGAAUGCAUUUGCUGACUGAUAUUUGACUGGAAGAGAUUAUGAUGCAUAACAUCUUUGUUGCUAAAUUUUAUAUCAAAUAUAAUUGGGCUCAUAUCUGAUGGUGAGCUGCACAUUACGCGGCAA